CCGGGGCUCAUGUCGGAGGAGUGCGGGCGGACAGCAGCCCUGGCGGCCGGGAGGACUCGGAAAGGCGCCGGGGAAGGGGGACUGGUGAGCCCCGAGGGAGCGGGGGACGAGGACUCGUGUUCUUCCUCGGCCCCGCUAUCCCCGUCAUCUUCACCCCGGUCCAUGGCCUCGGGCUCCGGCUGCCCCCCUGGCAAGUGUGUGUGCAACAGCUGCGGCCUGGAAAUCGUGGACAAGUACCUUCUCAAGGUGAAUGAUCUGUGCUGGCAUGUCCGGUGUCUCUCCUGCAGUGUCUGCAGAACCUCCUUAGGAAGGCACACCAGCUGUUAUAUUAAAGACAAAGACAUUUUCUGCAAACUCGAUUAUUUCAGAAGGUAUGGAACUCGCUGCUCUCGAUGUGGGAGGCACAUCCAUUCUACUGACUGGGUCCGGAGGGCCAAGGGAAAUGUGUAUCACCUGGCAUGCUUUGCUUGCUUUUCCUGCAAAAGGCAGCUUUCCACGGGAGAAGAGUUUGCUUUGGUGGAAGAGAAAGUUCUCUGCAGAGUUCAUUAUGACUGCAUGCUGGAUAAUUUAAAAAGAGAAGUUGAAAAUGGUAAUGGGAUUAGUGUGGAAGGUGCCCUCCUUACAGAGCAAGAUGUUAAUCAUCCAAAACCAGCAAAAAGAGCUCGGACAAGCUUUACAGCAGAUCAGCUUCAGGUUAUGCAAGCACAAUUUGCUCAGGACAACAACCCAGAUGCACAGACCCUCCAGAAGCUAGCAGAAAGGACAGGCUUGAGCAGACGUGUGAUACAGGUAUGGUUUCAAAAUUGUAGAGCACGCCACAAGAAACACGUCAGUCCUAAUCACUCCUCCUCUGCCCCAGUCACAGCAGUCCCUCCCUCCAGGCUGUCUCCACCCAUGUUAGAAGAAAUGGCUUAUUCUGCCUACGUGCCCCAAGACGGGACAAUGCUAACUGCGCUACAUAGUUAUAUGGAUGCUCAUUCACCAACAACUCUUGGACUCCAGCCUUUGUUACCCCAUUCAAUGACACAACUGCCAAUAAGUCAUACCUAAUUCCUUUAUUCAGGGAUAGAAAUGAUAAAGGAUAUAAAUUUGUCAUCUGUUAUAUAUAAAAUAUCAUUGAAAGCUAUUAAUGUUAAUUUUUUAUUUAACAUCCAAAGCAUUUCCAACAUCAUAUUGCUGCCCAGGUAUGUAUCUAUAGUUGGCCUGCAAGACACUUUUAUUGAUUCUUUUUUUUUUUUUUCUUUUGGUAAAAUUUAUGUUUACAAGAAGAAAACAAAAUCAAAACUUUUUUUGUAUUGUCUGGAAAUAGUUCACUCUAGUGUGUAUCUGUUAAUUUAUUAUCAGAAGAGCACUUUGCCUAAAAGAAAGGACUGACAAGUGUGCAAAAUGUUUACAAUCCUUUGUGAAAUUGUAGUUUAUCAUUAGUUUGUAUCUGUAAGUUAUUGUUAUAAAAUAUUACCUGUAUUUUUUGUUAUAUACAACUUUAUACUUUGAAGCUUGUAUCUGUGAAUUUGCAACUGAAAUUUAUUUUGCCAAUGUUUUCUGAAUGAACUGAAUAAAGCUUCUGUUGUAGCAUGCCAUGCAAACACAUUCUUGUGUUUGUGUCUGAUAUGUUAUGGUUGUAAAUUACACUAUAGUUUAAUAAGCCUACCAUUUUAAGUUUAUUAAACAUUUUCCAUUCUUGUGUGAAAGUUUCAA